AUGGUAUUAUUAACUCGUCAUCUCUCUUCAUGCUGCACUCGUCCCAUCUCUUCUUCUACAGCGCGGGCAUUUUCUACAACCACAGCAGCAGCUCGUUCUGUUAGCGAUGUUGGACCUGGAUCGCGGGCGGCGCUGCGAGCUGGCCUGACGUCACGUUCGACAGCAGCCCCAGCAAUAUCCAAGAGUUCACCCGCGCCCUCGUUCCACCCUCCACCACGAAUACCAGCCUCGACGCGUUUACUAACUACGCAACGUGAAAAGGUCAAAGUUCUAGCCGUUUUGUACGAUGGUGGCAUUCACGCCCAACAGGUUCCCGACCUCCUAGGAACAACCGAGAAUGAGCUUGGCAUCCGAAAAUGGCUUGAAGACCAAGGUCACACCCUCGUUACCACAUCCGACAAGGAGGGCGAGAACUCCACCUUCGACAAGGAACUCGUUGACGCCGAGAUCAUCAUCACCACUCCCUUCCACCCCGGUUACCUAACAGCCGAGCGUCUAGCCAAAGCCAAGAAGCUCAAGCUCGCCGUCACCGCAGGUAUCGGAUCCGACCACGUGGACCUAAAUGCCGCCAACAAGACCAACGGCGGCAUCACCGUCGCCGAAGUAACCGGCUCCAACGUCGUCUCUGUAGCCGAGCACGUAGUCAUGACGAUCCUAGUCCUAGUCCGCAACUUCGUGCCCGCACACGAGCAGAUCGAAGCCGGCGACUGGGAAGUCGCCGCAGCCGCUAAGAACGAGUACGACCUCGAGAAUAAGGUCGUGGGUACAGUUGCCGUGGGCCGUAUCGGCGAGCGUGUGUUGCGCCGCCUUAAGGCUUUCGACUGUAAGGAGUUGUUGUACUACGACUACCAGCCGCUGAAGCCUGAGGUGGAGAAGGAGAUUGGUGCACGCCGUGUUGACACUCUUGAGGAGUUGCUUGCGCAGAGUGAUGUCGUUACUAUUAACUGCCCGCUGCACGAGAAGACGCGUGGUCUGUUUAACAAGGACUUGAUUGCUAAGAUGAAGCCUGGCUCCUGGCUCGUCAACACCGCCCGCGGCGCCAUCGUCGUCAAGGAAGACGUCGCCGAGGCUCUAAAGUCCGGCCACCUCCGCGGCUACGGUGGUGACGUCUGGUUCCCUCAGCCAGCGCCCAAGGACCACCCACUACGAUACGCCAAGAACCCCUUCGGUGGCGGUAACGCCAUGGUCCCUCACAUGUCGGGUACUUCAAUCGACGCGCAGAAGCGAUACGCCGCCGGCACCAAGGCCAUCCUCGAGAGCUACCUCUCCGGCAAGCACGACUACCGUCUCGAGGAUCUCAUCGUCAAGGACGGUGAUUACGUCACUAAGGCCUACGGCCAGCGAACAAAGGCAUAA